CAGUAUAGAGCAGCAGCCAUUGCGAACCGGCAGCAUUUUGAAACGGCUCGGAACAAGACAAGCAAGUGCUUUCGACAGCAUAAUUUUCAAUUUCACAGCGUAGCACCCACCAAACACACACCGAGUAAUUAAAACGCCAAAAAAAAAAAAUAUUUCACCGCAUCCAUGCGAACUGUACACGAGAGCGUAUUCAAGCCCAAACUGAUGGCUGAAACGAAAUUCAUUGUGGAUAUUCGACCUGUUAACCGCAAUGCAGCAGCGCUAUCCAGCGCAAAUGCAACCGCCACCGCUGCUGCCGCCGCCGCUAAUAAUAACAACACGCUCCCUAGUCCAUUAGCGGUAAACACAACGAAUUUGGGUCAUGUUGGUGUGGGUGUUGAUGUCGGCACUGGAGCGCAUCGUGGUCUUAACGGCAACGGCGUCGGCGGCGGCGGUGGCGGUGGUGGUGGCGCUGGCAAUUCACGUAACUCCAGGGCGGAAGUGAAUUGGCGUCGUGUUUUCACCGUUUCAUCGCUGAUUGUGUCGUUGCUGCUGAUUAGCGGUUCAAUUUAUCUACAUUUGCGACGGAAGCCACAUCUCGGUCGACUGCGGCACGAACAGCAGCAGCAGCAACACAUUUCAGUAGCCGGCGGUGUUGCUGCGGCUUUAGUUGCUCCACUUGAGGACAAGCACUUGCCACCAACCAGCGCAUUCACUAUUAACAACAAGCUGACAUCAUUGAAAUUGCCAUACUCACCAGCAUUACAAACUCAACUAUCAGCAACGCCACUAUCGCCACAAUCAUCGACAAUUCGAACACUAAUCCGCAGCGAUUUUACACAACCCAUACCAGAGGAGAGCGUAGAUUUCGCACAAACAUUAGUAGUUGUGCAUGCCAAUAACUACAACAAUAAUGAUGCUGCUACUAUCACUGCGGAUAAUAAUAAUGGCCACGCCGUGUUGGCUACACUCACAGUGGCAUCAACACCUGACGCAAUCACAUCCGCAACCAUAUCCGCGCCGUUAGCAUCCGCAAGGCCACCUUCGGUAGCUGCAACAACAUCCGGCAACUCUUUUGCGACUCACAACUCUGGCGCAAUGGCAACCACUUCAAUGGUAUCAAUAGAUUCAGCGCCAAGAUGGAAUGCACCUUCCGUUGUUACGGAUACUCGUUCAAGGCAUAUCACCGAAGCUUGUAUGCAAUGCAUUUGCGCCACGGCAACCCAGUGCCGCCCAGUCACAUGCGGCAAUAAUAUAGAAGACUGUGGCGUUUUUCGCAUAUCACAGCCCUACUGGUUGGAUGCCGGCAAGCCAGCACUUGAGGGCGAUGAGAGUUAUGCCAGCAACACGACCACAACUUACGCCCACUGUGUCAACAACAUCUACUGUGCGACUCGUACUGUCGCUGCCUACAUCAGCAGAUAUGCACGCGACUGCAAUGGCGAUGGUGUAAUUGAGUGCCGCGAUCAUAUUGCACUGCAUCUGCUCGGUCCCAGCGGUUGUGCUCAGUCCGAGGGGGAGUUAUCGCCGAUAUACGUGCGCCGCAUGGCGGACUGUUUGGCAGAGUAUGAAUGAAUGAAAUUCGAGAAUCGCGUGAAUGGGGGCGGGUCAACAAGCGGUGAAAGUGUACAACACUCGUUAAAGAAGUCAAGUGUAGUCAUCAGUGUUAUAAAUACAUCCAUACAUAUAAAUAUGUAGUAUAACUGCGUAUGCAUUUAACAUCAGACUAAUGAUACCGAAAUGGUAGAAAAUCACUAUGCUCGUAGAAGCGCCAAUAUCUUGUAUCCUGACACGACUACUACUUAUAUAAGUACAUAUAUAUAUGGAUAUAUAUGAAUGUUCUAUGUUUAUACAUAUGUAAAAGCAAUAGCCAUCAACAAAAUUUUUUCGUUGAAAACUUUUCCCAAACUACGUGCAUACUUUUUGUGUGGUUAUGUGUGUACGUAUGGGAGUGUGUGCUAUCGAGUGUUUGCGCAAAAAAAAUGUACAGCCGAAAUUGAACAGAAAGCGUGUAGUAUAACGACAUGCACUGAUUGAUUGAUGCAUUGUCGGCAGGCAAAGUAAUUUGUAAAAUUUAAAAACAAUAGCAGGAAAC